AUGUGGUCCUGUCUCGUAGAGCAUGCUCCAUCUUCUCGGUAUAUUGUGCGGAGAAUGGCAAAACUCACUGAUGAUGUCGACUAUGAUGCCGGCGAAAUGUUUGAGCAUGUGCCAAGUCCACUGUCUGAUGCUGGGACUCAUGAAAACUACUAUGGCAGACGGCGUCGGACUAGCAUCGGGUCCUGCAAACUCGGCAGGGAUUCAUCUGGGUCUCAGGGCGGUGUGCUGAGGACUUAUUGGCACAUAUCUACAAUCAUCUUCCUGAGGCGAUACGCCUCCCACUAUUCCCCACCACCUCUUGAUUUAGAAAAUCGAGCACAGGGAUCUGUAAUUCAUUCUGCCCAGAUCGUUCGGCUUCUACAGGAGUUAGCCGGCAACACAGAGCUUCAGAUUGCGAUUCUCACCGACGAUGCCGACUACCAUGCCGGCGAGACGUUUGGGAAUGUACCCAGCCAAUGGUCCAAUGCUGGAAAUCACGAAUACUAUGCUAGAAGACACGAGACUAGGUACGUUCCACCAGGUCUCCGACGAAUUUGUAAAAACAAGGUCAAACCAACAUUAUAG